GUAUAUACAAAAUAGUUAAUGAUAUAAUUAAUUAAAAGGAAAAUUGCGAAAACUCACACUGACGUGGAUUUUUUUUCCCGAGAAUCAUUCUCGUCCCAGCCCUAAAAUCGCUUCUUUUGCAAAACCUGCCGUUGUGUUUUCGUCUGAGAGCCGCGUAGCCGACGUGUCGUCGCCAUCCGUCGUCUUGCCUUCUUUGCGCCGUCUCGUCUCGCCUCCUUUCUGCGUAGCCACUGUCCAUAUGGGCACUUCCUUUCAUUAGCGUCGCCAGUUGUUACCAUUGCUCUACUUCGCCGGCGUCGCGACGAUAAAGCGAUCCUCAUGGCCGGCCGACCGACUCCAUGAAAUUGACAACGACCACAUAUUGAUUACUAAUGGACACAAAAACGUUGAGAAUGUCCAAAGAUUGAUUAAUAAUAUGUUAAUAAUACUAUAACGAAACAGUGUAAAAAGAUUGACAAUGGUGACAAAAAUUAUUAAUAAUGGAGCACUCUUGAUUACUAAUGGCGGCGGCGACGAAAAUUAUUAAUUAUUAUUAUACCAAAAUGAAACAGUGUAGAGUAAUUGAAACGUUGAAAAUGACCACAAAUUGCUUAAUAAUGGGAAACGGGGAUAAAAAAUGUUGAGAAUGACGAUGAAAAUUCUUACUAAUAGAGAUAGAAACAUUGAUAACUAGUUUUUCCUUACGACCAAAGAUUGAUUAAUAAUGGAUACGAAAACAUUGACAAUGGCGACGAAAAUUAUUAAUAAUGAAAAAAAUCGACACUUUGCAAAAACGUUGAUGACAUUUGUCACGUUACAUUAAUGUUGAUGACAAUAAGUUAAACCAAUAACAAUUGGUCCAAAACCAUUGAUAGUUCAAUGUAUCAGUCUUGUGCCUCCUAAACCAGAUCCACUAGCAACCCAUUAACUAUUGAAAGUUACGAAUUGGCAAGUGGCAACUAAAAUGUUAAUAAUAAUAAUGGUUUAAUAUUCAUACAAAUUUAGCCACAUAUCCAUAAAUACGUACCUGCUAGUUCAAUAACCAAGUUGUGAGCUCAAUCGAUUCCCAUAUACGGUAUUUUUAACUUUAUUCACUAUUUUCAAGUUUACUUUGGUUAAAAAGUCUACCUAGGUAGUGUCUAAUAGUGCUGAAAAGUUAUUAAAAAUUGGUUUGUGAUUAUUAAUAAAGUAAUGAUAUUUAUUAAUAAAGGUGUCAUAUUUAUUGUUAAUAAUAGUGACAAAGGUGUUCGUAAGGAAUAAUGUCGAGGGACGAUAUGUGGACAUUAUUUAUUGAUAAUGACUUGUUAGUUAUUGAUAUUGUAGAGGCAACGCCGGACGGGAACGAUGGGAGCGACUGCGGAGGGGGCAACGCCGGGGGUAAGCUACGCUCGGUAGGAAGACGACGACAACCAUUAAGGAGUAGGACGACGUCGAAAGCUGGGGGAGCACUGCCAGAGACGGAAGCGAUGUCGAUGCUAACGAGAGAAGUAGGUCGUUGGUGGACUAGGCCGACGAUGGCAACGGGAGCUGGCAGCCGAUGGCGGAGAACGCUUGCGGGAGCAGAAUCGCUGGCUGGAGAGCUCAGCGGGAGGGAAGCUGGACCGGCGGCAACAACAGAAGUUAGGGUUCGGCGUUGGUGGACUAGACGACGAUAACAGGAGCUAGCUAACGUCGACGGAGAACGCUUGCGGGACUAGAAGUGCCGACCAGAGAACUCAGCGGGAGGGAUGGCCAAAGAAGGUGUUUUGAUUUGAUAGAGAAACGGUUCAGAUGCUUGCGGGAGGAAAAAGAAAAAAACGAUACGUGGGUAUAUACAUCAGUAGGGUUACGUUUUUCAAUUUAAUUGCCAUUCCCUUAAUAACCCUAACAACUAUUUAACUAAUAACUACUCACUAACUACCUAAAAUUGAAUCAGCCAAUCACAACGCUUUACGAUCUUCCUUACAAAAAAGGGAUUACGGACCUGAACUUAGGCCGUCAUUUGAAUACAAUGUAUUUAUGAAU